CCUUGAAAUGAUGGAGAGUCACCCCAAAAAUAAUGAAUUUGAAAAAAAAAAAAACUUCUCUGAACUCAAACAUUGAUAUUUCUUUACAGCAAACAUCUUAUAUAUUUGACACACUUGGAAAACACUUGAAACCUAAUCCUGAGUACAUUAUUAUGAGUAGAAGCUAUGUAAUAAAUGAAGUUGAACUUAAUGAAUAUGACAAAUUAUUUUCUCAUAUUAAGUAUGAGAAAACUCAUAUUGGAGAAAAAUACAGUGAAUAUAAGGAACGUGCUAAAGCUUUUAGCCAUAAGUCACAGCUUACUAAACAGUGGAAAACUCAAACAGUAGAGAAACACUAUGACUGCAGUGAAUGUGAGAAAGCCUUCUCCCAGAAGUCAGACCUCAUUAAGCGUCAGAGGACCCACACGGGAGAGAAACCUUAUGCAUGCAGUAAAUGUGGAAAAGCCUUUACUGAUAAGUCAUGCCUUAAUAAACAUCAGAGAACUCACACAGGAGAGAAGUGCUUUGGAUGUUGUAUAUGUCAGAAAGGCUUCAAUGAUAAAUCACAACUUAAUUUACAUCAAAGAACUCAUAUAGGAGAAAAAUCCUACAGAUGCAAUGAAUGUCAAAAAGACUUUGGCAAUAAGUCACAGCUUGUUAACCACCAGAGGACUCACACAGGAGAGAAACCCUACGGAUGCAGUGAAUGUGGCAAAACAUACCCCCUUAAAUUUAGUCUCAUUUUACAUCAGAAAACUCAUACAGGAGAAAAACCGUAUGGAUGCAAUGAAUGUGGAAAAGCCUUCAUCCAGAGGUCUGAGCUCAUUAGACAUCAGAGAACUCACACAGGAGAGAAACCUUAUAAUUGCAGUGAAUGUGGAAAAGGCUUUAGUGUUAAGUCAGUUCUCAAUAUCCACUGGAGAACUCAUACAGGAGAGAAACCCUAUGGAUGCAACGAAUGUGGGAAAAUGUUCUCCAUCAAGUUUAGUCUUAUUUUACACCAAAGAACUCAUACAGGUGAGAAGCCCUAUGAAUGCAGUCAGUGUCAGAAAGCUUACCAAAAGUCACACCUCACUAUUCAUCAGAGAUCACACACUGGAGAGAAACCUUAUGAACGUGGUGAAUGUCAGAAAGCCUUCAGCCAGAAGUCAUAUCUCCUUAUCCAUCAGAGAAUUCACUCAAGGGGGAGACCUUAUGAAUGCAUUGAAUGUGGAAAAACUUUUUCCCACAAGUUUAGCCUCAUUAUCCACCAGAGAAUACAUACAGGAGAGAAGCCCUAUGGAUGCAGUGAAUGUGGAAAAACAUUUCCUAUGAAGUUUAGCCUCAUUGUACAUCAGAAAACACAUACAGGAGAGAAACCUCAUGCAUGCAGUCAAUGUCAGAAAUCUUUUGCUCAGAAAUCACAUCUUAUUAUACACCAAAGAACUCACACAGGCGAGAAGCCUUAUGAAUGCAGUGAGUGUUGGAAAACUUUCUCCCACAAAUUCAGACUCAUUUUACAUCAGAAAACUCACGGAGGAGAGAAAUUAUGAAUGACUUGGAUAUCUGAAAGUUAUCAUUGAGAGAGAAUAGUUCAUUGUACCACAGCAUUUACGUAGGAGUGAAACCUCAGUGCUGCAGUGAAUGUGAAUAAGCUUUCUU